ACAGCCACCUAUAAUUGAGAUGACGACAAAGAGAGUUGUGGAGAAAACUCCGGCACCUGCCAUUACAUUACCAACAAAGGGUGAUUGUGGUGCUACAGAAUCUGACAUCAUCUUCAUUUUGGACUCAUCAACUAGUGUCCAAGAAGAAAACUUCAAGAAAAUGCUAAAUUUCAUUGUUGAUUUUGUGUCUGCUGCUUCCAUUGACAAUGGCAAUGUUCGAAUCGGUGCAGUCCUUUACAGUUCAGACGUGAAAAUCCAAUUCCAUUUGAAUGCUUUCCAAACAAAGCAAGAAGUAAUCGAUGCAGUCCUCCAAAUUCCAUAUGUUUACGGCAGUACAAACACUUACGGCGGGCUUAACACCAUGCGGACAGUAAUGUUCACGACAGAGAAUGGUGACAGGCCGUCCUUCCCAAUAUUGCCAUUCUGCUCACCGACGGCGUAUCGAACGUCAAUGCUUACGACACUAUUCCAGAAGCAAAGAAAGUGAGAGAGGAUGGCAUCCACAUAUAUGCUAUUGGUAUUGGUCUCAGUGACACUACAGAAUUGAG